GGAAAGCACGUUAAAAAAAUCAUCUGAAAAUUUUGUGAACCUAGCAACUCACUCGUCUUUGUUUUCAGAUUCAUAGAAUCAUUUUGUUCUCAAUUGGUUUCUCGAAUAUGACAAACUCAAUUAUUGUGUUAACAACAAAGCAAAAUCAGUUUUAUGAAGGAAAGGGGGUUCUUUGAUGAAAGAUUCAGUAUCUAGUACGUUUUUAGCAAAUGGAAAAAUCUGGACAGGGAUGUUGCAGCCCGCGGCGGGUGGUCUUGGUGCCGGCGCCAUUCCAAGGCCACUUGAAUCCAAUGCUUUAUCUGGGUUCCAUCCUUCAUUCAAAGGGCUUUUCCAUCACUGUUGCUUACAUCAACUUCAACUCCCCUGACCCUUCAAAUCAUCCUGAUUUCCAGUUUUUGCAAAUUCCGUUUGAUCCAUCGGAGCUUCUCCAAAUCUAUCGUGGGGAGUAUAUAACCUUUAUGUUGAUGCUGAGUGAAUACUGCGAAUCCCCUCUUCUUGAAUGCUUCUCUCAGAUAAAGGAAAAACGGGAUGACUCUGAGAAGAUCAGCUGCAUCAUCCAUGAUGAAUUCAUGUCUUUCUCUUCCGCAGCGGCCACCCGUCUCAAGCUUCCGAGCAUCAUCUUCCGCACCUCCUGCUCCACCACCUUUAUCUCCCGACAUUGCCUUCUCCAUCUCACCAUAGAAGAUCUUGAUUCAGAGGAGCUGGUACCGGAACUUCCAUAUCCAAUCAGGUUCAAGGAUUUACCUCUCAACACACUUGGAACAUUGGAAAAUUUCUUGAAGCUCGUGGUUAAUAUAGAGAAUACAAGAAAUUCUUCGGCCGUCAUUUUUAACACAAUGGAAUUCCUCGAAGAGUCAUCGUUGGCAAAAAUCCGUCGAGAAUCCCAUUUCCCGAUCUUCCCUAUUGGGCCAAUGCACAAAAUUGCUUCAGCUUCUGCCGGUAACUUAUUAGAAGAAGACCGGAGUUGCCUUUUAUGGCUCAACAAACAAGCGGACAACUCUGUACUGUAUGUAAGCAUGGGAAGCGUCGCGUCAAUGGAGGAGAAAGAUGUAACUGAGAUGGCGUGGGGCUUGGCUAAUAGCAAGCAGCCUGUUCUGUGGGUGGUUCGACCCGGAUCGAUAAAGGGAUAUGAAUGGAUUGAGAGCUUACCGGUGGGGUUGAUGGAGGCGGUCAGAGAAAGGGGAUAUUUUGUGAAAUGGGCACCCCAGAAGGAGGUCUUGGCUCAUCCGGCCGUGGGAGGGUUCUGGAGCCAUUGUGGGUGGAACUCGAUCGUGGAGAGCCUCAGUGAAGGAGUUCCGAUGAUAUGUCAGCCGUGUUUUGGUGACCAGAAGGUAAAUGCGAGGUGCUUGAGCCAUGUCUGGAAGGUGGGAUUGGAGUUGAGGGGAAAUUUGGAAAGAGGAGAAGUGGAAAAGACUGUGAAAAGGUUAAUGGUGAAGGACGAAGGAGAAGAGAUGAGGAAAAGAGCUAUGGAUUUAAAGAGGAAGGUUGAGAUUAGUAUUAGAGAAGGGGGCUCUUCUUACAGUUCUAUGAAUGAAUUAGUAGGAUUAAUAAUGUCAUUUUGAUUUCAUGUAUUAUCCAAGAGUUGAACCGUUUCUUUGCAAUGCAUCGAGUUUCAAUGAUCAUUUCAGAUUCUACAUGGCUCUGGUCCUGUUUUUUUAUUCCUUUAUCGUAGUUUUUCUUGAAUUCAAAGGAUUGGAUGUAUUCUAGAUAAGAUUUCUCAAAUAAAUAAUUAAAUUCUUA